AUGCACCUCAGGUGGCUCACGGGAUUCUUGCUGCUGGGUCUCGCCCAGGCAGACAACGACAACUCAGUUAUCUCGGAUAAGCAGGUCGCAAACCAAGAUCACUCUGCCACCACGGAUCCUUAUGCUACAACCCAAGCACCACCGCGUGGAGAGAAGCUCAGCCGUCGCAGAUGGUCUGUUACCUGCGACAGCAGCCAGUCGGGCAAUGAGUGUGAAAAGCUCUUCGACAACGACCUCCAGUCCUUCUGGUUAUCAGGAGCCGCGGGGGAAACCCAUGAAGUCACCAUCGAUCUCAGUCGGGCUGAAAACGUUCAUGCCAUUUCCGUGGUGUCGCGCCAGGAUGGCAAGACGGACGGGCAGAUCGCGGCCCAUCAGGUUUUCGUGAGCGGAGACAAGGAUAACUGGGGCGAACCGGUUGCUUAUGGGACAUGGUAUGAAGGCACAGGCGAGAAACUUGCCAUCUUCGAGCCUAAGGAAGGUCAAUACGUCCGCCUGGUGUCCCUCGGCAGCAAUGUGGCCAGUAUCUCGGAGCUGAACAUCUAUGAUGGUGCCGACCCCAAAACCGUCCCCAACGGAGGUGCCUGGGGCCCUACCAUUGACUUGCCUGUUGUGGCUGUCUCAGGCGCUGUCAUCCCCGAGACAAACGAGGUCCUUGUCUGGUCGUCAUGGGCAAAAGACGACUAUCUUCACUCUCGUGGGUACACCCUCACGGCCGUCUGGAAUAUGAACGACAACUCGGUCACCCAGCGCAAGGUCCAAGAGACACACCACGACAUGUUCUGCUCUGGCAUGUCUUACGACGGCAAGGGUGAAUUGCUUGUUACUGGUGGCAACAACGAUAAGUCUACUAGCAUAUUUGACCCAGCCUCCGGCAACUGGACGGAAGGUAAUACCAUGAUCAUUAGCCGCGGCUAUCAAGCCUCCGCAACUCUUGCCGAUGGUCGCGUGUUUAUCAUCGGUGGCUCUUGGAAUGGUGGUACGAAUUACGACAAGGACGGCGAGAUCUACGAUCCUAAUACCGAAAAAUUCAGCUUCCUAAAAAACGCUUUAGUGAAGCCCAUGUGGACGGACGACCAUGACUCUGGUUAUCGGCGCGAUAGUCAUGGCUGGCUCUUUGGAUGGAAGAACGACACUGUGUUCCAGGGCGGACCCAGCAAGAAUAUGAACUGGUAUUAUACCCAAGGAGAUGGCGACCAGAAGCCUGCAGGAACACGCGCCGAUGCCAACGAUUCUAUGUCUGGUAACGCGGUGAUGUUCGACGCAGUGAAUGGCAAAAUCAUCACCUUCGGCGGCUCGCCCUCUUACGAAAACUCGUACGCCACCACAGAUGCCUAUCUCAUUGAGAUCGACGAGCCAGGCUCUCAACCCAAGGUGACCGCAGCAAAGAAUCCCAACGGGGAGGGCAUGGCCUACGCCCGCACAUUCCACACUUCAGUGGUUCUCCCUGAUGGUGGUGUCUUCACUGCCGGUGGGCAGUCAUAUGGCGUCCCAUUCAACGACAGCAACGCACAUUUGACCCCCGAGUUGUACGAUCCUAAGACCAACCAGUUCAACGAACAGCAGCCCAACAGUAUUGUUCGCGUUUAUCACAGCAUUUCCCUCCUCCUUCCUGACGGCCGUGUCUUCAACGGUGGCAGUGGUCUGGGUGUCUCGGCCCCUACCAACCAUUUCGAUGCGCAGAUUUACAGCCCCCACUAUCUGUUCAAUCAAGACGGCUCACUCGCUACCCGUCCCACCAUCAACGGUGUGGCUAAUAAGAACCUCCGUGCCGGCGACAAGCUCAGCAUCGGCGCCAGUAUCGAUGUCAAAAAUGCAUCUCUAAUCCGCUACGGUACGACCACCCAUACUGUCAACACCGAUCAGCGCCGCAUUGCCUUAGAUUCGUGGACUGCGAAUGGAGAUUCGUAUGAAACUACUCUCCCUGCGGAUAGUGGUAUUCUUCUACCAGGUCCUUGGAUGCUGUUCAUCUUGAAUGACGACGGUGUCCCGAGCGUCUCUCAGACCAUCCACAUUCAGGUUUGA